GUAACUGGAGUAAUUCAGAAAAAUAAUUUGAUUACAGUUUCUUCUCGAAAAUGGCAGCUUCGGGAGGAAACAUUGAAUGGGCUAAUACAGUGAAACCAAUUUUAACAGCUCUCUACGGUCCUUUUUUCGAUAAAAACGAUGCUGUAGAGAUAAUUCAAGCAGUUAUUAAGAGUGAGAAUGAGUUCCAGAAUCAUGAAGACAUGUAUGAUUUGUUCUACACAUGUUUUGCAUGUCUCUCUGCACAUUUCAUCAGUAUCAAUGCCAAUAAUUUACCAAAUGACCAGUUAGGCACAGCUCAGGAUGCUUUUAAAGUGGUUCUCAAACAAAUUUUAAAGAAACUUUCUGAAGCUGGUGAUUGCAAUGAUGAGAAUAAUCCUACCACCACUGCUGCUCCUAAUGUCUCUGUUAAGCAACUCCUUUUACCAAUUGUGGGACUAUGCGGGAUUGAUGGUGGAGGCUACCCCCAAUCAGACUUAGUCAUAUUGACUUCAUUACUUAAGAAUGCAAAAUUACCUGCACAUGUCAACGUACCAGACAAUCAAACAACAAAAAGUUCUGUGAUCUCAACACCGAUAUCGUCUUUGACAUCUCAAACUGCUGCAUCAGAGAAACAAGCCCCGUCCAGUGCUCAGCGUCGCUCUGAUGCAUUAUUGGAACAGUUGACUGCACCUUUGCGGAAUCCCAUAACUUCGGCUAUGUCGUCCUCUUCCGCCCCGUCUGCGCCACUCGCGUCACCUGGAAGCAAGGACAGUGUGGAAAGCAAUAAAGAUGGCAAUGCUCAACAGAAUUUUAUUGACAUGAAAAAAUGGAUGACAUCAACAUGCUCCUCUCUGCUGAUGGAGCUGAGAGCGGGUGCUGUUGUGCUGAAAGUGUGCUCAUCACUACCGUGUCUACAGCGGUACAUGAACAGGUGGCAAACAGCCAAGGAGACAUCUUUAUCACCUCAGUUCACUGCUGAUGCUUCACUCCUUCACUUCUUAGUGAACGAGAUUCACGUCUGUCGGCUAGCGUUGUCUCUACCGUGCCUGGAACCGUUCACGGCUGAACGAAUCUCGACUCUGAGUGAUGUCAGUGUUUCAGCAUUGUUCUGCGCUACUGCACAGGCAUCACUUCAUCCCAAAGAUGAAGAAUAUGAGCAGCAGAUUGCCACAUUAGUUGAGAGUGCCCUUAGUUUGUACAACACAGUUGGAGAAACAUUCAGACAGUCGACCCGCGCUGGUGGAUAUGUAUAUCAAAACCACCUCAUGAUUGGCGCAUGGGUAUUGCUCUGCGGUCUUCAUCACGCGUUAGGUGGUGCACCUAUACCUUCCGUCGUACCUGGGAAGAGCCCAGCUAAAGUGCCGUCCAGACCUUACAAUCUUACUAAAAUGCAACAAGGCGUCAGUGCAGUCUGGGUGGCGCUGGGCGGGCGCUGCUUGGCUUGGACGGGCGCGCUGCUGUCGGACGCGCGGCUUGAGGCGCUGGGCGGGGGCGUGGUGGGAGGCUCGCCGGCUCCGCUGCGUUUACUCGCGCAGCACUCCGCGCACCAGCGGGAACUGAGACUCGCGGCCGCCGCACCUCUACAUCAGCUUCUGGUUGCUCUUGGUGUUGUAUGUUAUCGCAAGGCGACUAACUUGAAACGUGCUGUGGUACAAAAACAACAACUUGAUGCCGAUCCUGACCGCUCAGACUCCACAGUAUACUUCCAGGAUAUGAUACUGUGCUCAGAGGACUCUGAAACUGACGAUGAAGACAGCGAGCCUCUGUUCGGUCUGUGGUUCGAGUCGACGCUGGUGGCGCCGGACGCGGUGGACAGCGGACUCGUCCGCGCCUCCACGGACGGAGACGACACCGACGGAAACGGAAAAUCCCUCGCUAUUGUACCUGAUAAAGCAGAACCUUAUUCUUACAUAACAUUGGCCACGGAAGUCUUCAUACUUCUAAACGACGAGAUAAUAAGCGAAGGUUCAGAACGUCUUGGGCAGCAGUCACUACAGCUGCACGAGGCUCACCAGGCCCUGCUGGCCGCACUCGCUAAGGACCUAGACCGAGAAACUGCACGUACUGACACAGGAACGAUUUCCGCAUGCUUCGGCACACGUCUCGGGACACGGUAUGCUGCGUUUAGUGCAAGCCUAGUUCGUUAUUUACACAAUUUGACUGGAUCGCCUGCAUUCUCAUCCCUCCAACCUGCGUUACACCAGCAGCUGUUGUCAGGUGGAUCUGACAGAAAUAACAUGACCCCAUUACAAGUCGGUCCUCGUGUGGUGAAACUUUUGGGAAGCAUGAUCUUGAGCAAGCCGGCGGCGGAGCGCGAGAAUGCUAUCCUAGCUAUGUGGCACAAGAUCGUGAACACACUGCAGGAGUGCGCUCUGCAGCCACAACCCUCACAGGACCACGAUUAUGAGGAUCUGAAUGUUGAACACGCACAACUGCUAGUUUAUCUGUUCCACUCAUUAACGCUAAUGCAGAAGAAAUCGGUAUUGCUUAUGACUUCCAAUGCGAUCAUAAAGGUGGUGGAAACUUUGGGUAUAAACGACAGAAAAAAGGCUAUGCAUACGUUGCCGCAUCAGCUGAUGUUGGCCACAAGACUGAUGCUGCUACUAGAGUAUCUCAUGAGACAUCUGUAUGAUGCACCACAGAUGUUGUUGCAACAGAUUGAAUGGAACCUAGUAAUAGCACCGGGUCUAGCUCAACCAGCCCCGGAAGCCAAUGCUAACGGCAAUAAAAAUACAACCAACGGCCUCCUAAAGGCUCGCAUCUACUGCGAAGUGCCUCUUAUCGAACAGGCAUACAGAAGACUGUCCCAAGACGAGACCUCUAUGAGACCCAAGUUUUAUGCAUUAACAAGUGCGGAGAUUAAUAAUCAGGAAAACCCGAAAUUUGAUGGUCUGGCGUGCAACUUUGUAUUGGGUACUCCCCACAAAUUGAAAUAUCCUUUACUACUCGAUGCUCUAUUGUCAUUGUUGAAUUCGGCUUGUAUCUGCGACAAUCCGAUGUAUUUUGCAUCGACAGUGGCUUUGUCGGCUGCACACUAUUGUUUUCAAACAGCUUGGAGGCUGGUCAUCAGCAUGCCACCCGCCACUCCUCACAUGGACAAGCUUCAGGCGGGUACAAACGCUGACUUGCCGUCGCCACUUCCACUCCACGCCAUCAUAUGGGCUCCGCGGGCAGACAACAAGAAAGUUUUCAACCCCUGGCUCAAGGAUGCUCUUGUCAAACAAGGAAUGUAUACUCAGUACGCUGAGAACUUAUUGGCCGGUGUCAGCGCAUCGUGCGACAAUAUAAAGUAUACAACGUGGCUGGCUUCUGAAACAAUAAAACAUUUAAAACAGAAUAUUACAACUAUCGGCUUACCUUCGCUCUUGGAUGUAAUAUCGUGCGACGCUGCACUGGUGAGAUUGAAAACGUGUCUCGGUGAAUCUGCCGCAGUAGAGGCUCAUCAGUUCAUGCCGGACCUGUUGAGUCUACUGGAAACAUUGAUGGAAUGUUGUCGAUUGAGCGCCGGACAAGUUUUGGAGAACCUGAUGGAGGGCGUCGUGUGCAACGCGCGGUCUGCGUACGUGAACAACGUGCGGCUGCAGGUGUGCGGCACGUCGGCGCCGCUGGGCACGGCGGCCGGCAGCACGCCCCCGCCCGCGCUGGGCGCCUGGCUGCGCGCGCACCUGCCGCCCGCCGCCGCCGCCGCGCUCGACAAGAUGGCCAACCCGCCGCCGCUCGUCAACCUGGCAUUUUACGCUUCCCACAUAAUACCAUCUGAGAGCGCGGUCCUGAAGCUAGUAUCGCAGCACUGCGAGUCAAUAAGUGCCAACACGAAAUACUCUAUUGGACUGUCCCUUAUGAUGUUGUCCUACUCCGCGGCUAAACUACUCGAGCUGGGAGCGAACAAGCUGACAGAUAGCCUCGAACUUACUAGAAGGACAUUGGAGCUAAUUGUCCCGGCUCUGACUGACGCUCGUUUGGAAUUCAUGGCGGAAUCACUAGGCGCCACUAUCAACAUACUAGUGCCACAAGUUGUCAGAGCGGAACAGCUAAUCCAUGAACACAUUUUAAAGACAACAUACCCUGUACUUGUCGAAUAUCUCUUGCCUUCGACGGAAAAAAUAUUGAAACAUAUGGUAAAGUACUGGGAGAAGAUUCUAGAUCGACAAGCUGGCCGACUCGCGUAUGAGUACGUGUUCUGUGAAAACUCCGGUUAUUCUCUAGGAAGAAUAUUAAUAUCAUCGCCGAAUGCAAGGAGUACAUAUUCCGAGAGAGUAAUUAAAUUGUUCAUCAAAAUAUUCAGUGGAUGUGAAAGCUCCGAACUGAGCAGCAGCUUGUGCGUGUCUGUGUGCCAGUUCAUCGGAGUCGCCGACCAGCAGGAGCUAGGUACUCUCCUCUCUCAUAUCUGUGUGGGAGCGCCAGUGGCGACAAAUGGCAAUACGGCCACUGCGAAUGGGACUCCGACCGAAACAGAGCUGGCGACGCCCACGUCCUCAGCUCCCGACACGCUCCUGAACCCGGUGUCGACGGUGCUGCACAACGCGCUGAGCCGCGUGCUGCGCUCGGCCAGCGACGCGCCGCCGCAGCGCCACGACGCGGACGUGCCCGUCGAUGUGUUCGACACGCCUUCUCCAGCACCGAGACCACAAUCAGAAAUUGCUCAACAGUCUGGUAAUUCGGAAACGAGUAGUUGGUCGGAGGGUAAAGACGGUCCUCCUGCCACAAGUGUCGCGCCCACCGCCUCCGUGGAGACGCCUCCCGCCCCUCUCACCGACGUGGCCAAUGACAAUGCCACGCUACUAUCUGCUCUCUGCAAACAUGUCGUACUACAUUGCAACGAGAAGGUGAGUGAGCGGAUGCUGACCGCGCUGAUUAGUGUGUGCGGGGACAGCGCGUGCUCGCCGCUGCUGCUGCGCGAGAUGUGUCGGCUGGCGGACGCGCACGCCGGCUCCGACCACAGGCUGCUCUUCCCGGCGGCCGUGGGCUGGCUCGCCACCUGCGUCGACAACCUGAGCAGUCCGGAAAUACUGGAGAAGUUAGAGGAAGGACAAGUGGACGGUACUCUCGCACCGCAGAUCGAAUCAGCUUGCGUUCUGUUGUCUUAUUUAACUGACGCCUUGCACUCUAUCAACAUUUCACCGCCGCAAUCUUGGCGUUCAGUCAGUCCAACAUGGGAAUCACCUGCUGAUCUUGGCUUUGAUCUUGAUUAUACUGACGAGCAACAAGACGAAGACGACACUAGCGCCGACGACUCGGAUGAAGAUGCUAUGCUCCAGUACAAGCUGUGCACGUUCACGGUGACUCAACGCGAGUUCAUGAACCAACACUGGUAUCACUGUCAUACGUGCAAGAUGGUCGAUGGCGUCGGCGUGUGUACUGUGUGCGCAAGAGUCUGUCACAGAGGACACGAUGUAUCUUAUGCGAAGUUCGGGAACUUCUUCUGCGACUGCGGCGCCAAGCCCGACUCCAGCUGUCAAGCGUUGGUGAAGCGUUCAGUGAGCGGCGCCGCGGGGACCAGAACAGGUGCAGAGGAAAGCACUCCGGCUCCGUCCAUCCGGCGCCGGCCCUCGAGCCCGGUGGCGCCCGCGCUCAUGACUCCGCCCAGACGACCCGUGCACGCACACAACAUACAAGGGUGUCGCGCGUUUCUGUCGUCGUACGGCGGAUGGGGCGCGUGCAUGGAGCGCGUGCGCCGCCUGCUGGAGGCGCUGGGCGGGGCCGUGCGCGCGGCGUGCCAGCGACACGCACCCACGGGCGCACACGGCCGCGCCAUGCGGGCACUCGCACAUCUGCAUCUCGGCGACAAACGCUUCACGCACACAGACAACCUCAUGCUGCCCACGUUAGGUUCACAAGAGGGCGCAUUCGAGAACGUGCGCAUGUCAUACACUGGAGAAAACGGACAAACAAUCAGGCAACUGAUGACUGCACAUAAACUAAGACGUGUUGCCAUGUGUUGCCUGGCGUCGCCUCAAGGACGCAGGCAACAUUUAGCUGUAUCUCACGAGAAAGGCAAGAUCACAGUUCUCCAGCUAUCAACUUUACUGAAACAAGCUGAUUCGUCGAAACAUAAACUUACACUAACGCGCUUGUCAUCCGCGCCGAUACCGUUCACGGUUCUAAGUCUCGGCGGGAACCCGUGGAAUGAAGAUUUGCUCGCAGUCUGCGGUCUCAAGGAAUGUCAUGUACUGACCUUUAACAGUGCAGGUGCAGUAGCAGAUCACCUAGUUCUCAACACCGGUCUAGAGGGUAACAACUAUGUCAUUAAAGCAAUAUGGCUGCCUGGAUCACAGACGCAACUUGCGCUGAUAACUUCGGAUUUUGUCAAGAUCUACGACCUCAGCAAGGAUUUGAACAACCCUAUGCAUCAUUUCCUCGUGCCUAGUGGAAACGUACGAGAUGUAACUUUCGUGAACCAAGACGGUGUUAUGCACAUGCUUUGCAUGAGCUCUGCCGGCCACAUCUACUGGCAGCCCAUGAGUGAAGAGUCCAGGGCGAGCCUCGGAACCUUCUAUGUUACCAACACUCUUGAAGUACUCCAUCCUGAAAUACAGGACGUGGCCGGACUGGUUGGCGGUGGUGGAGUCUCCAUAUACUACUCGCAUACAUUGAAAAUGUUAUUCUUUUCGUACGCUCAAGGCAAAAGCUUCCUUGCUCCGUUGAACACUGUUGAGGAGAGCUUAAAAGGAACAGCGAUGAUCACGUUGUCGGCGGCCGCAACGCAGAAGGAAGGGAGCGGUCGCGGCGGAGGCAAGCAGGGGGGCGUGCAGUCGCUGUGUCAGUGGGCGGAGGUACCCGGACAUCCCGGCCUGAUCACAGCGGUCAUGCAAGCGUCGAACAACCCGGUCGUGCUUAUGUUGACACCUACUAACAUUUUCGUGCAAGAAAUAAAGGUCGUCCCGGCCAAAGCCAAGAUAACGGACAUGGUGGCGGUGCGCCACUGGUGCGGCGGCGGAGGCGAACAGAAAAGCACGUUGAUUCUGUUGUGUGAAGACGGUAGCCUCCGCAUGUAUGCGGCCAACCCGGACAAGACUGGGUACUGGCUCGCCCCCAGCGUGCAGCCCGCGCACGCGCCGCGCCGCCGCGCCCGCACCAACACGCACCACGCGCCGCGGAAAUCGCAUCAAGCCGUAUCUAAGUCGGGUGCCAACGGAACAACUCAGUUCCCUAUAGAUUUCUUUGAGCAUUGUGUUGUAAUGAAUGACAUCGAAUUUGGUGGAAACGAUCUUCUCCAAGUAUACAAUACUGCGUUAAUCAAACACCGACUCAAUACAACUGGUUUGUACGUAGUGUCUACCAAAGUGACUGGAUUUUCUUUGGAAGUCAUAAAUUCAGACCCGAAUAUGGUGAUUUGUGGCUUCCGAGUAUUGCUGGGCAGUCAAGAUGUUACGAAAACUCCCGCCUAUAUAGAAAUACUGGGUCGUUCCUUACAAACUACGAACGUUACUCGCAACCGCUGGUUCGACAUGCCUUUGACUCGUGAAGAAUCACUUCAGUCAGAUAAAAAGUUGGUGAUAAACUUCGGACCUUCAUCGGACGCUGAAGCUGUAACAAUGGUGGAUUCUGUUAAGGUUUACGGUAAGACCAAGGAACAAUUUGGCUGGCCCGAUGAAAGCGAGGAUCCCUCUGCUUGUCCGUCAUCUAGCAAAAUCGUACAGGAGGCAGAAGGCAGUAGCGGAAUGUGGAAGCCGAGCCCUCUAGAGCGCCUCGCUUGUGCGGCUCUGGAGACGCUGGAGCUGGGGGCCGGCACGCCCGCGUCGGUGGGCGCGGCGGGCGGCGCGGAGGACGGGGCCGAGGCCGCCAGGAAGCUGCUGUGUGCGCCCGCCAGCGCGCACCUGCACGCGCGGGCGCAGUGUCUGCUGCGCGCCGUGCACAAUGCCAACUAUCACCAGUACAAGGAUCAAGCCAUACUAAAGUACGUAUGUACAUCACUACGCGAGCUGCGUGACACGGCGGACCCUCAUAACAUAGACCCGGAGGCGUACUUCAGGCUGGUCCUACUAGCCCGAGGUGUCGCUGUGGCGAGACCAGUUCAUCUAGUUAAAUAUAGCGCUCCUACGCCGCAGAAACCAUCUACUGGUGAAUGGUCUGCUCUAUGGAAAAAUACAAGUCAAGACGAAAAAGAUAAGGAGCCACAUUUGUGUGCAUUACUUGCGAGCGUGCUGUGGCGCUUAGCCGCCUGCAAGUCUACAGCUGGAGGACCUCCUGGGAUUCUUUCCUAUGGUCUUCGACACUCUGAGCUGACAUUACACGCCUUCGCUGAUACAAUACACGCAUUCCAACUCCACGGAGAUCAUGAAUGUAUUGAAUUUGGGAAUCAAAUUUAUCUGUCACUGUUACUCGCCGAGGAUCAAAGCAUCAGCUUCGGCACUAAAGCUGCCUUGAUGAGAGUUCUUAGACCGAGAGUUAAACGGCGUCGCGUAUUCAUUCCGUCACCACCGAAUACACCCGGUGCUGUUUCUUCGGUGACCACAGCUCAGCCGACGAGCUCCAUAACGGAGGCCGCGGUCUCCGAGUCCGAUCUCAGUGCUAAUCGUGACGAACAUCAAGACAAUCAAUUCAUGGACGUCGAUGAUUCGCUCGAGCCUAUGGUUCUUCUCGCCCCUGAUGGAGGCUUGGAAGCCCUGUUGGACAUCCCGCCUGACGCAGACGACGACACGAUGGUGGAGCUCGCGAUCGCGCUCUCCCUCCAGGAGCAGCCGCGCCGCGCGCCCCCGCCGCCCUCCGCGCCGCCCCCCUCCGCGCCCGGCUACAGCGACGCUACUGUCUCACCGCCCGGGUCUGACGAUGAAGGCAGCACUGCGGCGACAGACGGCAGCACCCUGAGGACGUCACCGGCCGAGGUUCCGGGCUCAGGUGGCUCCGAGAGCGGCGGCUCCGGCGCGGACAGUAUUGGCGGAGUUUCUGGACGCAGUAGCGCGUAUGGAGACACGAUGUCAGCUCCGACGGCUGGGACAAUGCCGGCUUCUAACAUCGUUGCGCCUGUCGCUGUUACAGCUGGGCCAUCGACGUCUUCUUCCCAACCGGUUGCGUCAACCUCAAAGACCGUGGAAGCCGAAAGUGAAAGCCGUAAGCUUCACGCACUGCGCCUGUCCAUGCUCUCGGCUGCUCUAGACGCUCUGCCCACUCUGAGGAAUUUGCCUGGAGUACGAGCGAUACCAUUCUUCCAGGUCGUCCUAAUGCUAGCCAGCGACCUGGAUUCAAGUUUGGAACGCGAUCGAGCCGUACUAGACAGGUUGUUAGAGCUUCUAGUAGCAGAAUUGGACAUGAAACCUGAAGAGAAUGCCCCCACUGAAGACCGUACUGAGCGAGGUGAACUGCAGCUAGCCAUCAUGCGUCUGGAACUGUUGGUGUCGGAGCUCGACAACCAGGGAGAGGAAACUUUGCCACCGAUCCACGAGAGGACCAAUCGAAGAGAAUUACAACUCGUUAUAAUGAGACUGCUCAGUGUACUGAUGGCACGUUGGAAGACUUCGACGUCGACCGGUGCGGCGCAGCGCGCGGACGCGGCGGGCGCGACGAGCGCGGCGCACGUGUCGCGGCUGGCGGCCGCAGCGCUGGAGCGGGCCGCCGCACCCGCGCACUGCUACCGCGUGCUAGCUCACCUGCUGCCUUAUUGGAAAGAGAAGACUAACAGUGCCGGUGCGACUCCGUCUGGACAGCAACUGCUCAAACCGCAGCCGCCUCAACCAUUGCCGGAUAUGCAACCGUUCUUCGUCAAGGACUAUGUCAAAAGUCAUGCUCUCGACGUGUUCGAUAAUUAUCCACAACUACUUAUGGAAAUGGCCCUGCGUCUGCCGUGUCAAAUCUACAAGCACUGCGACCCAGCAAACUUUGACGCACGCUGGAGGACUCUAUUGUGUGAAUAUAUGAUGAAUCAACAAACUCCAUUGAGGAAGCAAGUUCGCAAACUACUGCUGCUACUGUGCGGCACCCGCGAGCGGUACCGGCAGCUGCGCGACGUGCACGCACUGGACGCGCACCUCAGCGCCGCGCGCGCGCUGCUCGCCACCGACACCGCCUACGACAAGCUCGUGCAACUCAUGGACCAUCUGAAGGCGUGUGCAGAGAUAGUGAGCGUGCGCACUGGCAACUGGCAGCACACGUGCCUGUCGGAGCGGCCGGAGGCGCUGGGCUGGCUGGUGGCGGUGGCGCGGCGCCUGCACCCGCACGUGGCGCCCACCGUGCUGCAGCUGCUGCAGGCCGCACUCUGCGCGCCCGCCUCCGCCACGCCCAAGCAGGACAGCAAGCAAGCUGGAACUGAUUGGCCCGAGCGUGAACGCAGUGCCGAAAACGAUAGUUACACUUCCGACGGUUCCAAGUUCCAAGAGCAGAAAGUUGGCCCGCUCGUCCAACAAAUAUUGAAACAAGUCAACCAAGACGAACUCAAAAUGUUUGUGAAAGCAUUCCUUCUGGAGACUAAUUCGACCUCUGUUCGUUGGCAAGCACACGGGUUGCUCCUUGCCAUAUACAACAACUCUUCACAGUCCGAACAAGCUUCGCUUGUGUCGAUGAUGUGGGGUCUCUGGCCGACCCUACCGCAAUACGGCCGGAAAGCAGCUCAGUUUGUUGACCUACUCGGAUAUUUCACUCUGAAGACACCAAACAUUGAGACAGAGAGCUUCGUAGCCAGCGCAGUAGAACUCCUCAGGAAACAGAACCAGCUACUAUCUUCUCACGGCAAUGCGGCACUGUAUGCGGCAUUAAGCUCCUAUGUAGAGCUUGAUGGGUACUACUUGGAGUCUGAGCCUUGUCUUGUAUGCAACAACCCUGAAGUUCCUAUGACUACCAUCAAACUUCCGACUAUAAAAAUUGAUUCGAAGUUCACAACUACGACACAAAUCGUGAAGCUAGUGAACAGUCACAUGAUCAGUCGCAUCAGUCUUCGCAUCGGCGAUAUCAAACGCAGCAAGAUGGUGCGAACGAUUAAUUUCUACUACAAUAACCGCACCGUUCAGGCUGUGCAGGAACUUAAAAAUAGACCCGGAAUGUGGCAUAAAGCUAAACGCGUUCAACUACAGUCCGGUCAGACGGAAGUUCGUGUUGAUUUCCCUUUGCCAAUAGUGGCAUGUAACCUAAUGAUGGAGUAUGCUGAUUUCUAUGAGAACCAACAGGCUACCGGAGAAUCACUACAGUGCCCACGUUGUUCCCAAUCUGUGCCUGCGAACCCUGGCGUGUGUGGUAACUGCGGAGAAAAUGUCUUCCAAUGUCACAAGUGUCGAGCUAUAAACUACGACGAAAAAGAUCCGUUCCUGUGUCACGCGUGCGGGUUCUGCAAGUACGCGAAGUUCGACUACACGCUGACGGCGCGACCGUGCUGCGCCGUCGACACCAUCGAGAACGACGAGGAGCGCAAGAAGAUGGUGCAGACCAUUGGCGCUCUGCUCGAUAAAGCCGAUAGGGUCUAUCGUCAACUCGUCUCUAAUAAGCCCGUACUUGAAUCUCUUUUACACAAAAUAACCGAACAUCGCCUGGAGAGUCGCACAGGCGACGAGAACAGCAAUUCAAGUACUACAGCAUUCAGUGGGGCUCAAAUCAAUCGCGUCAUACAGACCCUCGCGCACAAGUAUUGUGUGGAUAGCAAAGGACAUUUCGAGGAUUUGUCCAAGAUCAUCCAGAAGGUGCUAGCUUGCAGGAAAGAGUUAGUGACCUACGACCGAUCUCAGAGUGAACAAAUGAACGGAGAAACCUUGCCCGUGUACGCCGGUCUUGUGCAGAACUAUGACGGCGACUUCACUAAAGAAUCUGGUGGCGGAUGUUACGGUUGCUCCCUGGCCUCGGCGGAACAUUGCCUGACAUUGCUGCGCGCGCUCGCGUCGCAAGCCGAGCACCGGGACCGCUUGUGUCGCUUCGGCCUAGUGCAGGAACUCGUACAGCACAACCUGCACCGAGGGACCCCGCAGUGUCAAGAAGAAGUCCGUGCGUUGAUAUGCCUAGUUACUCGCGAUAACUUGCCUGCAACCGAACAGCUCUGUAAUCUGCUGACUCAGAGAAUCACUUUGUCGCUCAUGGGACACGCCGCCUCUCAGGAUCACAACAAUUCGGUACGUCCCUUGGUCGUCCUUCUGGGCUCACUUGUCAAAGUUCACGAUUCGGUCGAGUGCUGGGAAGUUAGACUUCGCUGCACAGUCAAACUUUGGGUGUGGUGCUGCCCUCAUCUCACUGAAGUAACUGGGAUACCACCCGCAGCGAGCUCUUUGCUAAAACCUGAAGCCUUAGCUGAUAUCCCAGGAAUUAAUACGUCGUCCCCUAACUCUCAUCAAUACGCAUUGCAACAAGUGGCGUUGCCUUGCCUCAGAUACAUGCAAGAGCUCAUGGCGCCGAUCGCGCCGGCCGCGUCCGCUACACCCGUCGAGGGAGAACAACCCAAGGACGGGAAUGCCAAGGAACAGAGUCCGGCCCCGAACAACAUGUCUGCGACGGCGUUCUCCACGUCCGUGGGCAACGUGGUGGUGGACCUGGCGGCGUGGCUCGCGGGCGACGUACCGCACGCCGAGUGGCGCCGCCUGGUGUCGUGCCGCGCCGCGCCCGCCGCCCCCGCCGCGCCGCCCCUCCCGCCGCGGGACCUGCAUCUCGCGCACAAAUACGUCGGCAAGUGGAGGGAGAAGAUGCUGUUAUCUCACGGCAUGCGUCCGCUCUCGUUGGACGACGGCGGCUGGCUUCGUCCGGUGAUGUUCGAUCCCAGCUCCCGUAUCGCCCGAGACACGGCGUGUCAGAUGGUCAAGUCGCUGUGUGACUCUUACGACAGAACUAAGGCAGUACUGAUACUUCUGACCAGUUUUCUACCUCAAGUCGGUGACGCCGGAGAAGCCAGUGAACAGUUUUUACAACUAUAUCAAACUUUAGCUUCUGAAGCGCCGUGGAAGCAGUUCCUCGCGUUGCGUGGUGUGCUGCAACAAAUAGCUGAUCUAAUGACCAAGGAGAUUGAACAGUUGCAUCGUCUUGAAGAGACAACAUUAACUUCUGAUCUGGCUCAAGGUUACGCCUUGAAGCGUCUGACGGAGCUAUUGGCGAUGUUCCUCGAGGACGGCGGCGCCCGACGCACGUACAAGGGCAGACUGGUGGGCGCCGUGCUGGGCGGCUACCUGUCGCUGCGGCGCCUGGUCGUGCAGCGCACACGUCUCACCGACGACACGCAAGAGAAACUACUCGAACUGCUCGAGGAGAUGACUACGGGAACUGAAGCAGAAACAGCAGAGUUUAUGGCCGUCUGUAUAGAAACAGUAAAGAAGUAUCCGUUGCACGAUUACCGCACCCCUGUCUUUAUUUUCGAACGUCUCUGCUCCAUCAUCUACCCGGAAGAGAACGAGAUCGGAGAGUUCUUCCUCACACUUGAGAAAGAUCCACAACAAGAGGACUUUUUGCAGGGUCGAAUGUUAGGAAAUCCUUAUUCUUCUCUGGAACCGGGCAUGGGACCAUUGAUGCGUGAUGUAAAGAACAAAAUUUGCACCGACUGUGAGCUGGUAGCUUUGCUGGAAGACGACAACGGAAUGGAAUUGCUUGUCUGUAAUAAGAUCAUGUCCCUCGAUCUACCAGUCAAGGACGUCUACAAGAAGGUAUGGUGCACCUCUGGCGAAGGUGUGGACGCGAUGAGAGUUGUGUACCGAAUGAGAGGUUUGCUCGGUGACGCUACUGAAGAAUUUGUCGAGACGCUUAGCCAAACCAAUGCGGAAGCAGUUGACGAUGAGCAGUUGUACCGCAUGGCCAACGUCUUGGCGGAUUGCGGCGGACUCGAGGUGAUGUUGGAGCGGCUGUCGGCCAUCAGUCGCGUGGGCGCGGCGCGCGGGCUGUGCGGCACGCUGCUGCGGCUGGUGGCGCUGUGCGCGCGCGUGCGGCGCUGCGUGCGGGUGCUGACGCGGGCGCACACGCGAGCGCUGCCCGUCCUGCUGCACGCGCUGCACCUCGCCGCCAUCGACGAGAAGGAUCUGCCGCGCGCGCCACUCGUCUACCAGCUGCUAGAGAUUAUGGAACGUAUUUUAACCGUCGCCGCGAGUGAAAGUCUGGAGUCGUUCUUGCAAUUCUCACUCACGUUUGGCGGACCCGAAUAUGUGCAAGCACUGCUCAACUGCACCGAAUGCCCUGGAAUACGCAACAAUUCAGUAGCCCUCGGACAUCUGACUCGUGUCCUAGCCGCACUCGUCUACGGCAAUGACCUCAAAAUGGCUAUGCUGGUCGAUCACUUCAAGCCCGUGCUAGACUUCGACAAACUCGAUUCUGAACAAUGGACAGAGGAGGAAUUCCGUAUGGAGCUGUUCUGUGUGCUCUGCGCGAACAUUGAGCGGAAUUCGAUCGGAGGCACCUUGAAGGACUACCUCAUAUCGCUUGGGGUUGUUCGUGAUGCACUCGAGUAUAUUGUGAAACACGCUCCAUGCGUAAAGCCGACCUUAGUGUGCUCUGAUUCGGACGAUCUUAAGGAGUUCAUCAGUCGUCCCGCUCUCAAAUAUAUACUACGCUUCCUCACCGGACUUGCUGCUGAUCAUGAACCGACUCAAAUGCUGGUAUGCGAGAAAGUUAUUCCGAUUGUGCAUCGUCUGGAACAAGUGUCUUCGGGCGAACACGUGGGAUCCCUCGCCGAGAACCUGCUCGAGGCGCUGCGGUCCCAGCCGCAGUGCGCAGCCAAAAUACAACAAGUCCGAGAAUUUACCAGACAGGAGAAGAAGCGGUUGGCGAUGGCGGUUCGCGAGCGGCAGCUGGGCGCGCUGGGCAUGCGCAGCAACGAGCGCGGGCAGGUCACGGCGCACUGCUCCCUCACGCAGCAGGUCGCCGACCUCGCCGAGGAGGCGGGCGCCGUCUGCUGCAUCUGUCGCGAGGGAUACAAGUACCAACCCACCAAGGUGCUCGGUAUCUACACAUUCACGAAGCGUUGCCCGAUCGACGAGUACGAAGCCCGCGCCCGCAAGACGCUCGGCUACACCACCGUCUCCCACUACAACAUCGUGCACGUGGAGUGCCACAUGGCCGCCGUUAGACUCGCACGAGCCAGAGAUGAGUGGGAAAGCGCCGCUCUGCAAAACGCCUCGACGCGUUGUAACGGACUGUUGCCGCUGUGGGGGCCGCACGUGCCGGAGUCCGCCUUCGCUAGUUGUCUCGCUCGUCACACAACUUAUAUACAGGAGUGCACCGGUCACCGCGACAUCAGUCACCUGGGCACGCUGCACGACUUGAAGCUGCUGCUGCUGCGGUUCGCGCGCGGACGCACCUUCCACGACGACACCGGCGGCGGCGGCCCGCUCUCCAACAUGCAGCUCGUGCCGGCCCUGCUCCACAUGGCGCUAUACGUCAUCAACACGAGCCGCGUGGCUGCGCGCGAGGUGUCUGCGCUGGAGACGUACUUGGGCUGUGCGCCCAGCCGCCUGUUAGAGUCGUGCCACGAAGCCGAAGGCCCGCUCUACUAUCUCACACUCAUGCUGACGCUCUACCCUCAUUCCAAAUGGCGUACUCAGAAGAUCGACCAACUGAAGCGCAUGAUACUGCUGGGGCAGGUCCGCGCGACCGGGCCGGGCGGGGCGCCGCGCCGCGCGCUCGUCGGCGAGGACCGCGAGCCCAAGCCCUGGGCCGAAUACAAGCCCUACGUCACGUUCCACGCCGUCGUCGAUCUACUCUAUAAUGUCAUGUUCAAGAGCGUAUCGGCGGCGACAGUGGAGCAAUGGCCCGUCAAGCUAGCGGAAUACAUCCGCCACAACGACGAGGCCAACGCGAAGGCGGCCGAACGCGUCGUGACCACUCUGACCGAGGAGCUGCUUCCCUGCGCUUCCUUUGCCGAGUUCUGCGACGCGGCCGGCCUGCUGCGCGACCUGCCCGACCCUGACGCCUUCAUACGGGCCACCAUCGAGGAGAUGCCUUGAGGAAGGCCCCGGGUCACGCAGUGCCACAACGGAUGUAUGACCGGCUAACCCAACUCAAUGAUUCAUUAAUCACCUUUAAGCUGGGGCUACAUUAGCGGGCGAAGAUUACGCGAUACAUCGUGCCGGGUUGUGUUAUGGUGUGACAGAGACGUAAUUUAAAUACAAUUGAAUGAAUUCAAACACUUUUUUGUUACUCCAUGGUGUACAAGAAAACAAGCACGUUCGUACCGCAUUGACGACAAAUACCUGUGAUACGCGCCAGUUUACCGACACUGUAGUACAUCCGAUAGUACAUCGUCUUCGCCCGAAUACUACGCAAUACAACAAUCUACUCGGCUACACGAAUAUUCGCCGCAGCCCGCUAAUGUAGCCCCAGCAUUACAAAGCAUUUCACGCGCGUUCCAUCUCGUCACUCAAACAUGAUCGAUUUGAUUUCAACUAAUAUGAUAUGUUUUAAAAAUCAGUAGCCGUGAAAUAGCUGAGUACGUCCUGAGGUUAGCCUGGUCUAUUACGGGCACUGCGUCGACGCAUCCAUUCUCUGUUUGGUCAGGGACUCUUUCUCUAAAUAAAAACAUGUUUACUUGUAACAAUAUUCGUUAAAUUAUAUCAAUAGCGUUUGAACCAAUAUAGUUGAACCGGCAUAUAUUCUUGAAAAUUAAUAGUGUGUUAUUUGGGCUUUGAAUGUAAUCGUUGCUUUUUAUAUCGCGAUCAAAUAAAUAGUUUCAGCUUA